AUGAGAUUAAAUCAAAUUCACGCAACAUCUACUUAUACACAUGGCCCACAUCAACCAGGUACUCAAAGCAGCGGUAGCGACGAAUAUACUGGAGAAAUUACCAGCCCUUUAAGUAUACAAAACUCGUAUGAAGCGCCAGUACUUUCAAGACAUACAAGCCAAUACCAGUCUGAAUCGACCCAUGUUCAACCUAAAAACCGUGUCACUACAAAAUCACAGUCUCAACAGCUUACUUUACGACACAUUUCUGACCUUGUAUCAAGUUCACAUUCCCAACAAUGGCCGUACAGCUCAAAUCAAAAGCUAAAACUAGAUUUGUUUUUAAAACUGUUUCCACUGUUUAAAAUCACAGGCCAGAGAUACUAUCAGCACUUGAAGGUGGAUGAUGAAGGAAUUGGAUUUGCAGAAUACAUUCGACUGAUUUCUGUGUUUAGCGCACGAGCGAGUAGUAUUGAAAAAGCACAAUCAGAACAAGAUGCAACGUAUAUAACUAGAGAUAGCAUACGAGCGUUUCUCAGAUCGACUAUUGAUGAGAUCAUGACUGCAUCGAUGCAUUUGACAAUACGAUCACACAAGACAUUACACGAUAAGAAAUCACCUGUCAAACCAGUAGUGCAUAACGGAGAUGAUUCACCAUUGGAUGCCCAUGAUAGUAUUGAAUCGUAUUUGGCAGAGGAUUCUUCAGAUACUCGAAUUUCAGCGUGUAACAACACGCCAUGCCAUCAAGGAUAUAUUGCACACACGGUUGAUGGAUUGGUAGAAGACACAUUUGAAAGCAUGGGAAUAGGGAUUGAAGAAGCGGGGAUUAAAAUAGAACGAUUUAUUCAGAUGUGGGAAGAGUGUCCGCUCGUAUCCCGUGCGAUGGGACUGCCCAGCGGAACUGUAGAAUAUGCGAUUGACACACAGACGAAUCAGCACUUGUACAAACAACUCUUAAAGUGCCCAAAGAUGAAGCAAAUGUACGAUCGAUGUGAUUGUGUGAUUUUAUAA